AUGUCAUCAGUGGAAUAUUACGCAGAUGGAGCGACGUCAAAUCAUAUUCCAAUUCCGUCUUCUUGUCAACAUUUUUCGUGGAAUUUUAGUUCAGCGUUCUCACCGCCAUCCUUACAUUCAUCCAUUCAACCGAAUUUCAUUCAUACGGAGGCAGCAACAAGCGCUCAGCGUAAUUGCAAUCGAAUACCGGCAGCAUUAACACAGUGUAGCGGCGGCCUUAACCCCGUCACAUGCGGAACGACAACACGCAAUCCACAAACGAAUAAUAAUAAUCAGCUAUUCUUUGGUUCACCACAGUUUGCCAUUCCACAGUAA